AUGAUAUUAACCGUGUUCUUGAGCAACAAUGAGCAGAUAUUAACAGAAGUUCCUAUAACACCAGAAACAACCUGUCGAGAUGUGGUAGAGUUUUGUAAGGAACCUGGAGAAGGCAGUUGUCAUUUAGCUGAAGUAUGGAGGGGAAAUGAGCGCCCAAUACCCUUUGACCACAUGAUGUAUGAUCACCUGCAGAAGUGGGGGCCCCGCAGGGAAGAAGUGAAAUUUUUUCUUCGGCAUGAAGACUCCCCAGCUGAGAGCAAUGAACAAGGUAGUCGUCAGACCCAAGAACAGAGAGCUCAAAGAAGUGUAAUGAGUGUACCCGGAGAAAAACGCACUGAAAAUGGGGUUGGGAAUCCGCGUGUGGAACUUACCCUCUCAGAGCUCCAAGACAUGGCAGCCAGGCAACAGCAACAAAUUGAAAAUCAGCAGCAAAUGUUGGUUGCCAAGGAACAGCGUUUGCAUUUUCUAAAGCAACAGGAGCGACGCCAACAACAAACUAUUUCUGAAAAUGAGAAGCUUCAGAAAUUGAAAGAGCGAGUUGAAGCACAGGAGAACAAGCUGAAGAAAAUUCGUGCCAUGAGAGGACAAGUGGACUACAGCAAAAUCAUGAAUGGCAAUCUGUCUGCUGAAAUAGAAAGGUUCAGUGCCAUGUUCCAGGAGAAGAAGCAGGAGGUACAAACUGCAAUUUUGAGAGUUGAUCAGCUUAGCCAGCAACUGGAAGAUUUAAAGAAGGGAAAACUAAAUGGGUUCCAGUCUUAUAAUGGCAAGUUGACAGGACCAGCAGCGGUGGAGUUAAAAAGACUGUACCAAGAGCUACAGAUUCGUAACCAGCUUAACCAGGAGCAGAAUUCAAAACUCCAGCAGCAGAAGGAACUCUUAAAUAAGCGCAACAUGGAGGUGGCCAUGAUGGACAAGCGAAUUGGGGAGCUGCGUGAGCGUCUUUAUGGCAAGAAAAUUCAGCUGAAUCGUGUGAAUGGCACAUCGUCACCGCAGUCCCCCCUGAGUGCAUCUGGCCGGGUUGCUGCCGUGGGGCCUUACAUCCAAGUUCCCAGCGCUGGGAGCUUUCCUGUCCCAGGGGAUCCCGUAAAGCCCCAGUCUCUCACCAUCACCUCCAGCGCUGCCCACGGAAGAACAAAACCCGAUGGCCAUGGUAGACCCAGAGUGAGCAGCAUGUGGACAGUGUCAGACCUGGACAUCGGGCCUGGCUGUGGCUCUUCACAGCACUCUGCAAACCUGCUUGUGAACCCUAAUGAUGGAAGCUGGCCAACAUUAAAGCAGAAUUCUGGCUCUUCAGUGAAGCCAACACAGAUGUCCAGUGCGGACUGGAAGGACCCAGUGAUGGAGGGGACCCUCAAGCAGGGUGCUAUCUCAAGCCAGCCGGUGCCUCUGUCAGCUCUGGGAAGCACUGAGAAGCUGGGCAUCGAGAUUGGUAAAGGCCCACCUCCUAUCCCUGGUGUGGGAAAGCCACUGCCUCCAAGCUAUGGGACAUACCCGAGUCCUGCGCCACUAGCCCCUGGCUCAACGGGCUCUCUGGAGAGGAGGAAAGAGGGCAGCUUGCCCAGACCCAGCACUGGCGGGCCCAGUCGGCAGAAACCUGCUCCGCUGCCACCAGCAGGCAGCGCCCCACAGCCUGGCUCAUCGCAGCAGAUCCAGCAGAGGAUCUCAGUGCCACCAAGCCCCACGUACCCGCCAGCAGGGCCACCUGCAUUUCCAGCUGGCGAUGGGAAACCUGACCUCCCACUAACAGUGGCUAUCCGGCCCUUUCUGGCUGAUAAGGGCUCAAGACCACAGUCUCCCAGGAAAGGACCCCAGACAGUGAAUUCAAGUUCCAUCUAUUCCAUGUACCUCCAGCAAGCCACACCACCCAAGAACUUCCAGCCAGCAGUGCACGGCACCUUAAAUAAGUCCAUUAAAGCAGUGUACGGCAAGCCUGUCUUACCGUCGGGGUCCACGUCUCCAUCCCCCUUACCCUUUCUUCAUGGGUCCAUGGGCACUGGCACAUCUCAGCCGCAGCCCUCUUCAGAAUGUGCUGACAAAGAGCCAGAGCAAGAGGGCCCGGCCGCGCCCGGGGACGGCAGCGCAGUGGAGAGCCUGCCGAGGCCGCUCAGCCCCACCAAGCUCACCCCCAUCGUGCACUCCCCGCUGCGCUACCAGAGCGACGCGGACCUGGAGGCCCUCCGCAGGAAGCUGGCCAACGCGCCCCGGCCCCUGAAGAAGCGCAGCUCCAUCACAGAGCCCGAGGGCCCCGGUGGGCCCAACAUCCAAAAGCUGCUCUACCAGCGCUUCAACACGCUGGCUGGUGGCAUGGAAGGCACCCCUUUCUACCAGCCCAGCCCCUCGCAGGACUUUGUGGGCACUCUGGCCGAUGUAGAUAACGGGAAUACCAAUGCUAACAGCAACGUGGAUGAGCCCGCGCCCGCCCAGCCCACGGUCCCCCUCCCCGAUGAGCCCGCCCCUUCCUCCGAUGCCAAUGAUAACCAGUUACCUUCCCCAGAGCCCCAGGAGCUCAUCUGUCCCCCAACCACCCACCACACCGCAGAGCCCACCGAAGACAACAACAACAACGUGGCCACGGCCCCCUCCACAGAACAAACCCCCAGCCCCGUGGCUGAGUCCCCAUCUCUGGGGGAGGAACAAGUCCCUCCAGCACCCCUCCCUGCCGCCGUCCACCCUCCAGCUGCCUCCACGAGCAAAAGAACCAACCUGAAGAAGCCCAACUCCGAGCGGACGGGACAUGGGCUCAGAGUACGCUUCAAUCCCCUGGCGCUACUUCUAGAUGCUUCUCUGGAAGGAGAGUUUGAUCUGGUGCAGAGGAUCAUCUAUGAGGUGGAAGACCCCAGCAAGCCCAAUGACGAGGGCAUCACCCCCCUCCACAACGCAGUCUGCGCCGGCCACCACCACAUUGUGAAGUUUCUGCUGGACUUCGGUGUCAACGUGAAUGCUGCCGACAGCGACGGAUGGACUCCGCUGCACUGCGCUGCUUCCUGCAACAGCGUGCACCUCUGCAAGCAGCUGGUGGAGAGCGGCGCUGCCAUCUUCGCCUCUACCAUCAGCGACAUUGAGACUGCUGCAGACAAGUGUGAAGAGAUGGAGGAAGGCUACAUUCAGUGCUCCCAGUUUCUCUAUGGGGUGCAGGAGAAGUUGGGAGUGAUGAACAAAGGCACGGUAUAUGCCCUGUGGGACUAUGAGGCGCAGAACAGCGACGAGCUGUCCUUCCACGAAGGGGACGCCAUCACCAUCCUGAGGCGCGAGGAUGACAGCGAGACGGAGUGGUGGUGGGCUCGCCUUGGGGGCCGGGAGGGCUAUGUGCCCAAAAACCUCCUGGGGUUGUAUCCACGGAUCAAGCCCCGGCAGCGGACGCUCGCAUAGACACCCCCGGAGCACCUGUCUCCCAGCCUCCCCGGAGCUGCUGGAGAGGAUUCUGCAGCCCCAGAAAGACCCAAGUUAGGACGGUCUCAUGGUGCUCAUUUUAGCAGACAGUGUCCACAAUGUGAAUUCUGUACUCCCCAGUCUGCCGCAGCUGGAGAGGCCUUUGCCUCUGAGACAACUGAACUUUGCCAAUUACUGUAAAUCCAAAUAAAUAUCCAGCUUCCAAAACACCCCCCCAUGUUGCCAGUAAGAAUCCUGGAACGUCCUCGCCCAGUGGCUGCCGGUGAGGACUGAGUCCUGCCUCACCGGCCCCGAAGCUUCCUCCCGCGCUGUGUCCGCUGCCCUUCCACAGGAGCCAGCUGCUGCCAGAGCGCAGCCCAGCCCGCGCGUCCUCCUCCCACUCCUCCCACGGGCGGCCCCGCCUGGUGAACGUGUCCCCUGCGUGGGCAGUUCGCACAUCCUGCUUCCAGCUGGGCCUCCCAGGAGCACACGUGCUUCUCUGCACAGGGUGGUCUCAGCCCUCACAGCUCGAGUGAGUAGAUGACGGAGUGAGGGCAGCGGGCCGGGGCGGGCGCGAGGGCCUGCUCCACUCCGUCACCUUCGGGCAGGUUCCAGACUCCCCGUGGGGCAGGUGCUGCCCUGGGUUGGCUGUACAGACAGGCUUGUUUUUUUUAACACACCAAGACUAUUGUUCAAGAACGAUCAGAAUUGGGUUGGACAUGUUUUCUCAUUAACACAUGGGCCCUUGGUUCCCUCUUCACGCGAGUCUUGUGUAUAAAUCCACACGGACGCUCUCAGGGCUGUGCUGUGGCCAGCCGGCACCCGGAGCACCCGCUGUCCAGGGUGGCACCGGGCUGCCGCUCGCUGUGGAGGCUGCCCCUGCCGUCCCACCGCCACGCCACACCACGCCACGC